AUGAAGCUCGGGGUCUUUACAACCUUGAUCCCGGCCAUUCUGCCCGUGGUGUGUGCUGCACCUGCUCGAAGGGAUGCAGACAACCCACCCCUUCGAGGCAGCGGGUCACUCGUUGGAUAUUCGUCAUCGAAUAAGGGUGGCGGCGACUCUCCGCCUGAUAUCAAAUACACUCUUCUCCCCGGGCAGAAGGAAGACCCCAAAAUUGGGUCAUAUCUUGAUUUCCAGAAAGCCGACAAUCCCCAGCCGAUCCGUGGUUCCACGGGUGCCGAUGACCCCGGCCCGAGAAACUACUAUUACGAUAGGAUUAACAGUGAUAAACUUGCACCUCCGGGAACUGACCAUGGUCAAACAAUCAAUGCGCAAUGGCCGAUGGGACAGGAUGGGGCAGGUUGGGCUCGCCAAGAAAACGUGAAUGUGAUGCCGGAUGCAACAUUGAUGGCGGGAGUGGAUAUGCGCCUUGAGCCUGCCGGUUAUCGGGAGCUGCAUUGGCACGUUGCGGCCGAAUGGUCUCUGGUGCUGAAUGGAUCUUGCAGAAUUCAGGCUGUGAAUGAGAACGGAGAGACAUUCGUUGAUGACGUAGCUGCUGGAGAUGUCUGGUAUUUCCCACCCGGUGUUCCUCAUUCAAUCCAAGCUCUCGACGACGGAGUUGAGUUCCUUCUAGUGUUCGACGACGGUGACUUUAGCGAGGACAACACGUUCCUAGCGAGCGAAGUCUUCCUUCACACUCCUAAAGAAGUUCUGUCCAAGAAUUUCGGUCUCGAUGUAUCAGCCUUCGAUAAGAUUCCCGAAGAUGAACUCUACAUCUUCAAGGGCACACCAGCACCUGCGGACAUUGAGAAACAAAACGUAACAACCUCUUCCGGUAUUGUGCCGCGUGGCCAAAGUUACUCCUACCAUUUCUCCGAGCAACCCGCCCACGAAGUUGCAGGUGGCUCGGUCAAAAUCGUCGAUCCAUUGACGUUCCCCAUCGCCGCCAACUUCUCAGCUGCAGUGGUGACAGUUCACCCGGGUGGUAUGCGUGAAGUCCAUUGGCAUCCUGCUAGCGACGAAUGGACAUUCUUCAUUUCUGGUCAGGGUCGCGCUACCCUGUUUACAGCACCGAACGCUGCGACUACAUUUGAUUAUACCGCUGGAGAUGUUGGCUACUUCCCGAAGUCUAACAGUCACUAUAUCGAGAACACAGGAGAUCAAGACCUCGUGUUUGUAGAGGUUCUUCAAGCUUCUAUGUUUACAGAUGUUGCCCUUGGCCAAUGGAUUGCAUCCACCCCCAAACAGAUUAUUGCGGAUACUUUGAACCUUGACGAUGACACACUCAGCAAGUUGAAGACAGAGAAGCAAUACGUUGUUGCGGGCAACAGCACUUGA